AUGGCUACUUCAAAUUACUCUUUUCUGAGUUUUGAUAAGAAAAAGCAUAACAUAGCUGAGAAAAUAGAAAAGAGAAAGUGUCAUAUUGUAGCAUUCGUAAAUUCCAAAUUUAAUAUAAAAGCAAAAGAAAUUUUUGAGGCAUCCAUUAUUAAAACUUACCUGGAAAAAAUUGCUUACAUUGAUAUUAAAGCUUUAGAUGAAGUAAUUAAUGAGUUCGCUACGGAGUGUUUAGAUUUAGAUAUAAAUAAUUUUCCAAAUAAUGAUCCUAAUGCAUUAAUCAGCUUUUUACAAAACCAAUUUGAAAAUGUUCUGUUUAACAAAUGGAUGAUUCUUUCUGAAACCGAGGAUUGGAUGGAUAAUCAGGACAUUGAAAUUGAUGAUGAUAAUGUGGACACAAUGAUGUCAAUAAUUCCGACUAUCAAUAUGCAACAACCACAACCAAUGAGUCCAUGGGUUCCUUUUGCAUCACCUCAUAGUUUAACGGAUUUACCUGAAGAAUAUGAAUAUCAUAUCAAAAAUUUACCAUUUUUGCUUCAAUAUGAAGUUGUUCGACUAUUGAAACCUUUUGGUCCAAUAGAGGCUUCAGAUUAUGUUUGGAAUGCAUUAAAUAAUCGUUCCGAAACACAAAUGUUCGAUUCAUUAAGAAUAAUUUGCGAGAAUCAUCUUAAAAUACAAUAUCAUUUAAGAAUUGAUUAUGAAAUGAAUUUACCAUCGGAACUAAGAAAAUUAUUACCCUACACAAGUUCAUUGCAUAAAAUAAAUGAUCAGUCCGAUCAAUCUUUCGCAGGCCCGAAGAAAGGUUCAAAAUUGCAUGUAAAACUUUCGGCAGAUGUUACUAUGCAAGACAUGAAUUUGAAAUUAGAACUAAAUCCGCCGACCACAACUUUUUCUAGAAGAUUAUAUAGAAUUUAUUCUUCUGAACGAUUCUUAUCUGUUAAAGUCAAGACAGAUUUUGAGACUUUGGAUGAUCAAAGUAGAGAACGUUUGAAAAGUCUUCUAUUAAAUCCAUUGUUACUUGCUGGAAGAACUUAUGAAUUUUUAUAUGCAAAAGAAGAUACUUUAUAUUAUUUCGCAACGACGGGGAUCAAUCUCGAAAAAAUUAAUAUUUUGAAUGUUAUUAAUCAUAAUUUGCCACUUGAAGGAUAUGAACGUAAUCUUAAUAUGACGACAUCAAAAUUUCGUAACCGAAUCUCAUUGGCAUUUUCCAACACCACCAAUACAAUAACAUUUGAACCAAGUCAAAUAAUAUAUGAUGUUCCAGACAUUGAAGAUAAAUUUGGUCAUUGUUUCACUGAUGGGUGUGCAGGAAUUUCAUUAGCUGCUAUGAAAAAAAUCGCAGAAAUCAUGGGCUAUGAAGAAACUCCGCAUGUCAUUCAAGGUCGAAUUGGUGGUUCUAAAGGAGUCUGGUAUCUCGAUCCAAGCUCUAAAUAUGAUGUUAAUGACAUUUGGAUUAAACUGCGGAAAUCUCAAAUUAAAUAUCAUGUAAAUUAUAAUUUAAAUCAUUUGAAUGGAAUAAAUGAUAAACAUUUGAGAAACUUAGAGGUACUUCAUGUAGUGUCAUCUGCCAAGAAUGCUGGCGCACUUAAUGCGCAAUUUAUUAGAGUUUUGGAAAAUGGCGGUGUCCCACAUAAUGUUUUUAUCGAAUUAAUAAAAGAGAAUAUUGAAAAAAUCAAAAACCAAAUUGUAAAUAACGAAGAUCCUUGUUCUUUGAGGGCGUGGGUGUAUGAAUCAGGUAAUUUAUCAAACAGAAGAUUAGAUGAGAGACAUUAUAACAUGAAUACAGAUUUCCAUGGUGACGGGGAAUCACCUGUUAGUUGUGGUUUUUCAUCAUUGAUUUCUGGAUGGCCCGAAUCAAUUUUUGAACAGUGCGUGGAAAUGUUGGAUGCAGGAUUUACACCUUCAAAUUGUAUAUUUUUGGCUAAGUGUCUCAAACAAGUUUUAAAGAUUCAACUUAAAAGUCUUUUCAAUAAGUAUAGAAUCGAAUUGUCCCUAUCACGUGUUCUUAUAUGUAUUGCAGACCCAACGCAAAGAUUACGUCCAGGAGAGAUAUUUUUACAGCUUGAUAAAGAUGCAGGAAUUGAUGAAAGAACGGGGAUGAGAUUUGGAGUAAUUGAAGGAGAUGUCAUAUUGGCCAGAAACCCUUGUGUAUUGCCCUCAGAUAUUGUGAGGGCCAAAGCAGUUAGAAAUCCUUUUCUUGAUAAAUAUUAUAAUGUUUUAAUAUUUCCCGUGUCUUCGAAAGAAGGUGAAGGUUCAUUGGUAGAUAAGUUGAGUGGUGGUGAUUAUGAUGGUGACAAGGUAUUUGUUUGUUGGGACCCGAGAGUAGUUCUUCAAUAUAAAAAUACGCCAGUAUGUCCUAUUCAACCAGCAGUAAAAAACGCGUUCACAAAAUCCACAGAAACUAUCACAGAAUAUAUAGAAAAAUAUUUACCUCGCGUUCAAGAUUCCAUAGUGAAUUCAAAAACGUAUAAAUUACAAAAAUUAAUAUUAGAAGGGUUCUUCCUUGAUCAUACAAUUCCAUUAGGAAUGUAUGAUAGAUAUCACAAACUACAGUCAUCACAUAAUGGUAUAUCACAUCAAGAAUCUAUUUAUUUAGGACAAAUGUUUGCUAAAUUAUUGGAUGUGUCCAAACAAGGAGAAACCUUGAAAACAGAAGUAUUUGAAAGAGAUUCUAAUAAAUUUGGAAAACUCAAAGUUCCACAUUGGAUGAAAAAUGACAAUACACAACCCAACCAGAAUCCCACUGGAAUAAUGGAUAAACUCAGUAACACUAUUAAAAUUGAAAUAGACAAUGUUAAUGGUCCUGAAUUUCGUAUUUCAAAUACCACACCUGCUCAAAUAGAUCCACAUAUUGGAAAUUAUUGGCAACGAGAAAUGCAUAAAGCUGAAAAUAUGAAUGAUGGAGGCGCUUUUUACAAUGAUCUUUGUUUGAUUGUCCAAUCUCAACGUAAUAUAUUGACUGGAUAUAAUUCUAGUUAUUCCAAAGUAUUAAGUUCAGAAAAGAAUCAUCCAAAUUCAUCAAAUUCAUCUAACGGAGAUGAUAAAAAAAAUUCCAUUAAAAAUAAAAUUUUGGAAAUAGAUCUGAAAUACAUAAAUAUAUUUUAUAAUGAUCCACCCGUUGAUCAAUAUGUGAGCAAUAUACUCAACCAUGUUGAUAGGGCAGAUUCUGAAUCUGAGAUUGCAAUAUUUGAGUUAAAUCUCAAAGCAGCAGCAUUGUAUAACAUCAUGUGUUCUUACAAACCAGAAGGAACAUGUGCAUGGAAGUUAGCCUUUCGUACAUUAUGCAAUAUCAAAGCACGAAUGGUAGAGCGAGAAAAAAAUGCAACUAUUGGCGGACCUAGAUGCGUAGCGGAUGAAAUGUGGAAUUCAUUAAAAGUAGAUAGACGCGUUGAAGUUGUUAAUGCUGUUCUUCAAGCAACUCCAGAAAUGAUUGGUCUAUGUGGAAAUAAAAUUACUUGCCAGCUAUUAAUGAAAGCAGUUGAACUGAUACGAUUAUUAUUUGAAGAUUUAAUUGAAUCUUAUAUUUUUUUUACAGUGGAUUCAUCAAAUAGAAGAGCGAUUUUCAAAAGGCGCGCUUUAGAAUUAUGUGACUCUGAAUUUUCUGAAGAUUAUAACGCAUAUAUAGCCACAACUUUUGUGGAUAAUAAAGAUAUGCUAGUGCCAGAACAUCAGGUUAUAACCAAUUGA